AUGUGUGUAUGGAUGGCUCCUAAGGGUUUGGUUGUAGGUGUGAGGGUUUAUUAUUUAUUUACACCCACAUUCACACCCACCAUCAAGGUGGUUGAUUCAAUUCGACGAACUGGUUGUAAAGAAACUGAUUAUAAUCGUUUAUUAAGUAUUGGUAAAAUAUAUCAUACAUUAAGUCUUGUAACAGAAGAAAGUCAAUCACAAGAUACAGUUGUUAUUUAUGUACAACAACAUAAACCUUAG